AGAAUCCACUGUACUUGUGCAUACACAAGUAAAACUAACCUAGGCUAGGCAGGCGGUCUCAGUGCUUAAGUAGAGAGAGAGAGAGAGCGCAAAAACUUUGAGAAGAUGGGUUCUACUGUAAACUCAAAAUGGUUGCCUGUGACAACCACCAUAACUGUGGCACUUGCACUUCUUUCUGCCUCAACAGCAGCUAUCUCUCUUUAUUUUUGUAGAAAGAAAUCAAAAGUUUUGUAUUCAAAGAUUCAAGAACUUGAGAUUUCUCUCAAUUCUUGUAUGCAAAAAAGUGCUGCUGAGAGACAAGGUCGAAUUAGAGCCCAACAGGAUUUGAGGAAGACCUUAGCACAACCCAAGUCUGAGAAUUUGGAGCAGGCUUCUUAUCCCAUGACCCCUAUUGGAGUUGUUCAGUCUUGCUUCUCAACCAGAAAUGGGACUCCAAGGCAACCCUUACUCGUACCUCUUGCUAGGGCAUGCUUAGUCUUUGACUCAGCUCGGGUUCCUCCAGCAUCCCUUGAGGGUCUUGUAGAAUAUUCUCAUUGCUGGAUUAUAUAUGUGUUUCAUUUGAAUACAGAUUUGGUGAAGUUAUGGAAGCAUCCGUCUAGAUCAAAGUUUAAGGCUAAGGUUAGAGUACCAAGACUGAAAGGAGGAAAGAUGGGAGUCUUUGCUACAAGAUCUCCACAUCGCCCAUGCCCUAUUGGGCUCACUGUUGCAAAGGUGGAGGCUGUACAAGGAAACAUGGUUCUUCUAUCUGGUGUUGACCUGGUUGACGGGACACCAAUACUAGACAUCAAACCAUAUCUACCAUACUGUGAUAGCAUCCAAGGGGCAGCAGUGCCGGAGUGGGUAAUGGUGGACAAUAUGUUAGCAGUAGCUUCUGUUAACUUUUCUGAGGGCUUCUCCUCCUCACUAUCUGAUUGUUGGGAAACAGCAAAAAAGAAGUCGCUCUAUGCAUCACCAGAUGAACUUCAAUGCUUAAUCAAGCAGGUGCUUUCAUGGGAUAUUCGAUCAAUAUCUCAACGAAAUCAACCACAUGAUCCCCUUAUUAAGACUGGAAAUGGGGAAGCACCACAUAGUGCUCUUGAUUCAAACCAGAACCAAGAUCAAGAAGCUUCGGACAAUGAAAACAGCCAGGUUUGUCAUCCUUCUGGGGAUGUAACAUACCACUUAAUUUUGGAAGGAAUGGAUGUCUCAUACAGAAUUGAUUUCAAUGGCAAUGUAAUUGUAGAGAAUGUUGUCGUUUCACCUGACAUUCUGAAUGGUAAUCAAAACCGUAGCAGUUUCUUAAUGUGGAGAGACGAGCUCAGUUAACCAAACUAUCUUCAGCUUUUUCCUUGCAGUUCCUGUAGCUGUAAUUGUAGUAACUACAUAUGAUGGCUGCAGAAUCUCUUCCUUGCUGAGCCAGAUUUGAAUUGAUCUGGUUCAUUGGAUUAUGUUAAUUAUAUCUAGUUUUGCAGAUACUAUUUUUGAUGA